AUGCAAAUUUGGACCGUCAAGGACUCGUUGGACGUCAAGAAGGCCAGGAAGCGCAAAUGCCAGCGUGACGGGCAGCCGCAGUCCUCCUCGAACUCGUAUUCGGAGCCGAGCCUCACGCCGGACACGACCUGGUCAUCGUUUCCUCCUUGCACGGCUACAACCAGCUCGCCGGCCAAGAGCGACAACGUACCGGUCUCGGUCGCAGCGGCGGCGACGGCGUCCUCGUCGUCGUCGUCGCCGUCUUGUAUCGUUCCAAGCGACUCAGAAGUCACCGGACGAUACUACUCGCCCGCCAACCAGCUGUACGAGUCGUCGCCGGAGAUCCUGGCGCAAUUCUCGCAAGUGUACGACCUGUUCAUGCUCGGGCCGACGUUCGCAGAAGGGUUCCGCGCGGCGAUCCGGCGCUCGUUCUUCAGCUCGCCGGGGCUCUUGAAGGACAUCUUCGAAGCGAUGUACUCCGUCGUCAUGCGCGCGAAGGACAGGGUGCGGCCGUACGACGAGGCCGACAUCGCCGUGGGCGCCGCGGCGCUCCAGAAGCUGCGCACCGUCGAGGUCGGCAACGUGCACGACGCCCUCGCCGUCAACGCGCUGGGCCAGACGCUGGCCGCGUUCGACCUGCUCACCAGCUGCAACGACCCGUCGCUGAUCCUGCGCUACUCUCUCCUGUCCGUCGCGCCGUGGUACGGCGAGCUGUCGCGCGACCCGGCGCUGGACCCGUUCACCAUCACCUCCAUCUUCUGGGACACGGUGUCGUGCCUGUUGCGCCGCGAGGUGCCCGUGCUCAGAUACACCCACUGCACUCCGACGCCGUCAACAUUCGUGUGCCGCGAGCGCGACCACGCCGACGCCGACGCCGACGCCGCCACCCCCACCACCGCCACAACUGUCAUCGAACGCUCCGCCGGCCUGUGUACGACGCUCCUGCCCAUCCUGUACGACCUGUGCGUCGCCAGCAAGGAACUCGACGUCCAGCACCAGUGCAGCAUCCCCAGAAGCACCGGCCCCAUCAGGCUCGUCGAGCAGAGCUUGCGGCGCUGGACCCCGGACCUGGACGCCCUCACGGCGGUAGGAGGCAGCCGCGAGAACAAGUUCUCCCUGACCGAGUCGCUCGAAAUGCAGUCGCAGGCCGUCAUGUACCGUCUGGCCGCUCUACUCCUGGUCCACCGGAUCUGGAACCCCAUCGGCUCGCUGGACGAUACUGCCACGCAUUACGCCCAGGAUAUCCUGGAUGAGAUGUCGAGGUUUCGUGCUGCUGCCGCCGCCGCCGCCGCCGCCGCAACACCGCCAUCACCCACGCCCCCUGCGAAAAUGCACAAUGUUGCCUUCCCUUUACUUGUAGCCUCUCUUGAAAUCGCGGCCGUGCCCAAAGACAUUUGGCAAAAUGUCUCAUUGUCCAGCUUCGCACCCUUGUGCGUCACAAAAAUCCAAGCUCUCAUCGAACAUGUAUGGGCAGAGAGGCGACGAGGCUCUAGAGAAUUCAUGUUGGACUUGAUAUCAACAGGGCCGAAUUUCAUGGUCGUCCCAUGA